GUCGGUGGCGGCGGCGGGUCGUCUGUAGGAUCCGGAUUAGGAGACGACCAUCAAUCCAAGAGUCGGGAAUCCGGGGGAGGCUUCACUGUCCGGGCGUGAAAACAAGUUCUCAUCGAGCGGCAAAAGCUGAUCACACCUAUCCGCAAAAUGGCUCAAGGAGUGGGCAAGGGAGGAAUUCCAGUGACGUCAGCAUCGGGAAAGGACACAGUGAUCACCGAGCUCCUGGCAAGCUGGGACGAUUCCCAGCUGCUGAAGUUGACGGACUUCUACCGGGACAGGCUGGAGCAGGCGAUUGAAGGAGGGGUGCACGGAGUGAGCCUGGCGUUAACAGCCAAGAAUCAGAUCAGUGGAGAGGAACAUUGGAAAAUCUCUGAUCUCGCUGAUAAGGGAGAGCGGGCGGACAGUUCUAAACUCCUCCUGAGCCUGGUGAUGGAGAAAGGCUCCCGCGCCCGGAGGGUGAUGUGGGAAACCAUUGUCAAAAUGCGGAAUGUAGUCCCAAAGUUUGACAAAAUACUGAAAGAAAUACAGGAACAUGGUUGUGUUCCGGUCCAUCUACCCUUAUCAGAGAUUCCCAGGGAACUGAAAGAUGUUCAACAGAAACACAAGGAGACUCUGUUUGCACAAACUGAAACACUGAGCGUGAACACGAUCCUGAUGAGGGAGAAGGUGAAGGUUUUCCAGCUGGUUGAUCGAUACGCUGAGCUCACGGUCAUUUCUACUGUUCGAGAUCGGAGACUGGUGGAACAUGAGCUGCUGGCAAGAGGCAGAGAUCACGAGGAGUGGAGACAGAAACAUCUCCGCAGAGAGCUGGAGAAAAUCCGGAUUGCUCAUCUGUUUGAGAAUAGUUACUCACAUCGUUUUCGGGAAAAAAUGAAAAGAUUCUUCAUACGAUCAACUUCGGGAUGUUCGGCAGCAGUGGCCGGAGUCCCGGGGAUCGGGAAAACAACAAUGGUACAAAAGAUUGUUUAUGACUGGGCAACGGGGAAAAUAUACCAACAGUUCCAGUUUGUUUUCAGUUUCAGAUUCCGGGAUCUAAACUUCAUUAACUGCAGAAUAAACUUGAGGGAACUGAUUCUGGAUCAGUAUCCUUACUUUGGGAAUAUCCUGAGAGAGGUCUGGAAGAACCCAGAAGGGUUGCUGUUUAUAUUCGAUGGUUUGGAUGAAUUCAAGCACAGAAUCGAUUUUGCGGACAGUCGGAGAGAUACAGAACCCAAGCACCAGUGUCCAGAUCCCGAGUGGUGGUGUGAAGUGUCUGACAUUGUGUACAGUUUAAUCCAGGGCAAGCUGCUCCCAGGGUGUUCAGUGCUGUUGACCACCCGUCCCACUGCAUUACAUUUAUUGGAAAAGGCAAAGAUCGGUGUCUGGGCUGAAAUCCUGGGAUUUGUUGGUGAGAAACGGAAGGAAUAUUUCAUCAGGCAUUUUGAAGAUCAGGCAGUGGCAGCAGCUGUUUUCAAACACGUGAAGGAGAACGAAAUCCUGUACACCAUGAGCUACAACCCCUCCUACUGCUGGAUCCUCGCUCUGACACUGGGCCCUUUCUUCACACAAAGAGUCAGGGACCCACAGCGAAUUCCCAAGACCAUCACCCAACUGUACUCCUACUAUAUUUACAACAUCCUGAAAAACCACGGCCGUGAGAUUGAGAACCCCCGUGAUGUGUUACUCAGGGUUGGUCAGAUGGCCUUCAGAGGAGUGUCCGAGAGGAAGAUUGUGUUUACAGAUGGAGAUUUGAUCAAGUACAAUUUGCAGCCUUCCCAGUUCCUGUCCGGGUUCCUGAUGGAGCUUUUGGAGAGAGAGGAUUCUGCCCGGAGCGUGGUGUACACAUUUCCACACCUCACUAUCCAAGAGUUUGUAGCUGCAAUCGCACAAUUCCUGAAUCCACAUCCCAGGGAUAUCCUGAUAUUCCUCACUGAAACCCACGGCAUGACAGAUGGGCGAUUUGAGGUAUUUCUCCGUUUUGUUGCUGGUCUCUCCUCCCCAAUGGCAGCUCGGGGCCUGGAGGAGUUUCUCGGUCCAUUUCCCAAUGAAACAACCUGCCGGGUGAUUGACUGGGUGAAGGUGGAGGUUAAACGCCAGAUUGGAUACACAGAGAGUGAAGCUGGUAAAAGGAGCCUUCUGAACACAUUGCACUACCUGUUUGAGUCUCAGAAUCGUUGGCUGGCUCAGGCCACACUGGGAUCUGUGAAAACACUUUCAUUCAGUGGAAUGACACUGACCCCGAUUGACUGCGCGGUCCUGUCUCAUGUCAUCGGACUCUGUGAUACAAUAAAACACCUCGACCUGUGUAACUGCCACAUUCAGUGUGAAGGAAUCCAGCGGCUGGGACACGAGCUGUACAAGUGCCAGGAGUUGGGACUUGGGCAGAAUGAACUGGGAGAUUCAGGAGUGAAGCUGGCGUCUGUGGCUCUGAGAAACCCGGAAUGUAAAAUACAGAAACUGCGGCUGGACAAUGUCGGUCUCACAGAUACAGGUGCCGAGGAUCUCGCCUCCGCUCUCAGUACAAACCCAGCACUGACGGAGCUAAACCUAAAUGAGAAUAAACUGGGAAAUUCAGGAGUGAAACUGGUGUCUGCGGCUCUGAGGAACCCGGAGUGUAAAAUACAGAAACUGUGGCUGAGGGGUGUCGGUCUCACAGAUUCUGGUGCCGAGGAUCUCGUCUCCGCUCUCAGUACAAACUCAUCACUGACGGAGCUAAACCUAAAUGAGAAUAAACUGGGAGAUUCAGGAGUGAAACUGGUAUCUGCGGCUCUGAGGAACCCGGAGUGUAAAAUACAGAAACUGUGGCUGAACAAUGUCGGUCUCACAGAUUCUGGUGCCGAGGAUCUCGUCUCCGCUCUCAGUACAAACCCAUCACUGACGGAGCUGGACCUGAGAUUAAACUCGCUGACAGACCGAUCUGUCCCCGCUCUCCGCUGCCUCAUACUGACCCUCCCGAGACUGGAGCGGAUCCGGCUGGGGGAGAAUUGGUUCAGUGAGACCGGUGGGAAGAAACUGAGACCUCUGCGGGGAGUCAGACCCGGUCUGAGAGUGAUCGUGUGAACAUCCCCGCCCGCGGGAUGGCGACGUUUGGCCGAUUCCCCUGGAUGGUCGCUCUGUCCGAAUCCUUCGGGCUGCCCUGUAGGGUGGGCUGUGUGACGUCCCUGAGGCCCGUCGAAGGCACGAGAGGAUGUGGGCUUGCUGCAGAAGAUGGAGACGAGGUCUGGCAGGGUGGGCUGGAUAGCAUCGAUCACCACCAUUCUCGGCAAGGGGCAGAGGAAGGGAUCAAAUUGAGCAGGGGAGGAGAGAAAGAGAAGGUGGGGACAGGAGAUGGAGGGGGGAGUUG